AUAAUAUAUACAAGAAUGGACAGUCAUUAGCUCUUGUUCUGAUUAGGUAAGUAUCGUUCAUGGACUAAAAAUUUCAGAGAGAAAUGAGUGUAAUUCUGGAUUAGUGGCUGGAUUUAAUCAAAAUAUGCAACAGUCUCCUAAGGUCAGUUUCAUUUCCAUCAAUCAAAGAGCCCAAAAGUCAAAUAUAAGCUAAAUUAUAUGGUUAAUAUAUCUUAUUAAAUGUCAUGGACUAAAUAUAGAAAUUAGAGUAUAUAUGUAUAUGUUUGUUGUUGUAGGCCGAGUUCAAGAAAUCUGAGAAUAAUAGAUCUAAGUCAGUGUCAGAGAUGAAUACUAAUAAUGUCGACGAUGAGGUGAUGGAGCAAGGAAAACUUUGGAGAGAUGCAGAGAAGAAAUAUCCAUGGUAUGAUGCCCCUCCUAAAGUCAAGGUGACAACAAAAAAGGGUCUUUGCCAUAUGUACAUAGAAUUGACAUUUGGAUUGCCUCCACGAUCAGUCUUCGAGCUUUUCACUAAUCCAGACAACUUACCACUCGUCAGUGACAAGUCUUGGCGCCAACUUCUGGUAAACAAAAAAAGGAAGGUUUUGAAGAGGGAUGGACCAAGGCAGAUAGUGGAGGUAGAUAAAGUUGUGGCCUGGGAUUUCCUGUGGUGGUCUGGAGGUAUGCCGAUAAAUAUAAAUGCGGUUGAAAAUGAGAAAGAUCUUAGGGGAAAAUAUAAGAAACAGAAAAUGAAGUUCAUGAAAGUGUUCGAGGGUAGCUAUAAAGUGGAGCCAAUUUAUGUAGAUUUCGAGCGCUUGUGCAAUCAGAAGGAGCCAAAGAGUCCAGAAGAAUACAAAAAAUGUAGCGGUGGGCAAGGAAAGAUUGCAUCAAAAGUGACAAUGGACCAAAUAUUUUCAGCCAUAUCCUAUUUUUAAUUUGCCGCCGUUCUUGGUACAUUCGUAGGACCACCAUCAAGACCACCACGACUCUGCUCAAAAUGCUUCAAGAUAUGGGUGCCAAGAUGCGAGUAGACCCGUACGAAAGUUCUAAUUAGCACAAGGGUGAAUUAGGAGAUUUGUUCCUAAUUGUUACGGUUGUCUUUGUCGUCGUUUCUAGAUUUAGUUUUCGUAUGUGUAUAUAAAGUUUGGAUAUACUUUUCUUCGUUUUUUAGUUUGUAUAAAAUCUAUACCAAAAUGACUAUAAUGUUUGUCUCUAUGUAAAUCAAUAAAUUUAUAUGAAAAAUGUAAUGA